GCCGUCCUUAAAGGCUCGGCGGGCGGUACUACCGGGCAGCAUUCCCGGCUGGAGCCAUGGCCACCUCCCUGCAGCUCUGCACCGGGGCCAGGAUGCCCCUCGUGGGGCUGGGCACAUGGAAGUCUGCAGCUGGGCAGGUGAAAGCUGCAGUGACGGCUGCCAUCGAUGCCGGGUACCGCCACUUCGACUGUGCCUACGUGUACCAGAAUGAGAGUGAGAUUGGGGAAGGGAUCCAGCAGAAAAUCAAGGAAGGGGCUGUGAAAAGAGAAGAUCUCUUUGUUGUCAGCAAGCUGUGGUCCACUUUUCAUGAGAAGCAUCUGGUGAAGGGAGCCUGCCAGAAGACUCUUGCUGACCUGAAAUUGGAUUACCUGGAUCUCUACCUCAUGCACUGGCCUCUGGGGUUCAAGGCAGGAGAGGAGCUGUUUCCUGCAGAUGACAAAGGCAUGGCUAUACCCAGCAACACAGAUUUUCUAGAUACAUGGGAGGCCAUGGAGGAGCUGGUGGAUGCUGGCCUGGUAAAAGCCAUUGGAGUCUCCAACUUCAACCAUGAGCAGAUUGAAAGAAUCUUGAACAAGCCAGGACUGAAGCACAAGCCUGCAAAUGUCCAGAUCGAGUGCAAUCCAUACCUUACCCAGGAGAAGCUGGUGAACUACUGCCAGUCCAAAGGGAUUGCUGUGACAGCCUACAGCCCCCUGGGCUCUCCUGACAGACCAUGGGCUAAGCCAGAGGAUCCUUCCCUUCUGGAUGACCCCAAGAUCAAAGAGAUUGCAGCCAAGCACAACAAAUCCACAGCCCAGGUUCUCCUUCGCUUCCAGAUCCAGAGAAAUAUGAUUGUGAUUCCCAAAUCCAUCACCCCACAGCGCAUUGCGGAGAACUUCCAGGUGUUUGACUUCAAACUGACCAAAGAGGAGAUGGCAACUAUUUUCAGCUUUAACAGAAACUGGAGAGUCUAUACAAUGAGCAUGGGCAAAACUCACAAGGACUACCCAUUCAAUGCAGAAUACUGAAGAUGCUCAAAUCCUGCCCUCCUUCAGAGUUUGGUCUGAUGUCCUUCCUAUCAAUUUAUCUGACUUUCUAAUUGCAUUUCUCCUCCUGCAGCCAGUGAAGUCACAGCAUAAGUAUUCAGUGAUCAUCUUUUGUUUAUUCUUUCUGAAAGAAACAGUAAAUUGCUCUAAAAGAAUAAAA